AUGCUCAGCUCAAGGGCUCACCAAUUAGCGCUUGACGCGCCAUAUUACCCGACCAAGACCCCCAGUCGAGGUCUGAAACGGGCAGAGAAUGCGGGAGCGAGAACUGUAGGACCCAAGGGCAAGAAUGUGAUGCGCACGCCUUUCGCAGCUGCUAUAGCUCAAGGCAAAAACGGGUUCGCCACAACCGGUAAACCACGCCCAUUCCUCGACAAAACGCCCUUCCCAAACCGGGUCCAACAACAGGCCAACCAAGGGUCAUCCUCCAAAGACGGAUUCGUCAAACUUCCCAAACUCGUACUAGUUGAGACGACUACGCAACAAGAUACCGCCACUCCAGAGUUACAGCGUCCGAGUUCGACGAGGAAGAAUGCCAGGUUGCCCAGGAGCGCGAGCAAGAACUUUGAGACGCCCGCGAAUAAAGGGAAUCAUUGGGAUGUGGGGGACGACUUGUGCUUGGAGUCACCACAAGCUGAGGUGCAGGAGACCAUUCUGGAGGAGGACGAUUUCGAUGAGAUUGAAUACAUGGCUCCAAAUACCUUGGACCUUCCAUACCAACCGCCUUUCGACUUUGACCUACCAGACUACAAGUCUCUAGCUCAAGACUUCCGAAAGGUUGUCUUCUCCAUUCCAUUCGACGACAGAGAGGUCCAGCUACCAGACAUCGACUCCACCCAGCCCAUAUCCGAGUCAUGGAGUCUCAUGGCUCUGAAAGAACUCGACGACGACGAUCCAUUCCGCCAACUUCAGCCAAAGGCCACCGCCCCCAAGGCCGCUGAACCAACAAAGCGAAGCGCGAGCUCACAGGUCCGGCGACCCACCCCCACCGCCUCUACUGGUACCACCGCCAACCCUAAACCAAGGGCGCCCAUAGCACGACCAGCAACAGCGAUGGCAGUGAAACCCAAGCCAACGAACGCGGGUGCCACAAUCGCCAGGCCAGCAUCAGCGUCAGCUCGGCCAAGAGCUGCAAGCUACGGCAAACCACCUCAAGCCCAGCAACCUGCUCGUAGUUUCUCAACAUCCAAUGCUAAGGGGACGACUGGAGCGCCUAAAAUAGGGGCAGCCCAACGGCCCGCAUCUCGUCCUGGCCUAUCGAGAUCGAAUACGCUGACCGCGAAGAAGGAACCCUCCCGCCCUGCAGCGAAGCAAGAUGAGAUGAUCUUCACGAGCCAACCCGAGUCUGUAGAUGAUUUCCUAUUCGACGUAUGA